CUAUAUUUCGCGAGAAUUUUUUCAAAGCUCCUUUUCCCUGGGAAUUUAAUCUGCGACAAGCUUUGCUCCUCGUGGGCACUCCCUUCUAAGAUAUUUAAUAAACAUGUCUUCGCUGAUCGUAUCCCACGAUCUUCACCUACUAAUGCUGGAGUUCUCGGUCGAUAAGCUGUUCGUGCCGAGAACGUCAGAGUUCGACAAAGUGAUGCUGAAGAGGACCACGGUGCUAUUUCGCGUUUUCGAUGAGAAUUGGAUCACUCUACGACCCCAUCGCAGGGACUAUUACCCGUACAAAGGUUCCAAUCGAGAGGAGGAAUUCUUCUACGGCGGCAAGUCCGUUGUGUUUGCACUUCCAGAAACGCGUUUAGAAAAGCCUAUGGACAGGGUGGUGGUCGACGUGUUGGUGAUAAAGGAAGUCUCGAAAUACUUCGAGAUCGACCCCUGUCAGACCGUAGGCACUCUUCAGUUGCACGUGGAGGACCUCUUCAACUAUAUAAACCAGGAAUUGAAAGAGCGCAAGGAUCUCGAGAUGUACUUAAGCUGUAUCCACAAAAGGAAACCUAUCUCGUCAUCUCUGAGAGGCAGCUACAAUUUGUUGAACGAGACGCAGGAAAAGAGUGGAGCUACCAUCGAGCUCUACGUAAGGAUCAGCUAUUUGGGCCAAUCGGUCAUCACGGAAAUUCAAGGGUUGGAUACGCCGACCCCGACAUUUUACGUUCAAGAGGAGACCAACGAACGAUACCCUUAUCAAUGUCGAGAACUUAACGGGGAAGAGGUUCUGGGUGGUUGUUGGGGUAGUAGGUUGCUGGUGCCACCUGUUAAUCCACUCGAUUUCGGGUGUGCCUGUGAUAAGGAAAACUUUGACAAAGGCCAAGGAGAUAUAAAGGAAACCGCUGCCAGUGGGAAAGGGGGAAGGGGAGGAAAAAAUGGAAGGAAUGGGAAAGGGGGAACAAAUGCUAAUGGAAAAAAAGGUCCAGCGGGUAAAGGUGUAAUGGGAAAGGAAAAAGGUGAUAAGGGUGCAAAAGGAAAGAAAGGGUUGAAAGGUGGAGGCGGGGAGGCUGGCAAAGGUUCGCGAAGGGGCGAUGACGUAGAAGGUGGAGGGGCAGGUGGGACAGGUGGAUCGGAUCGAGGAGGUGCUGCAGGUGCAGCGACCUCCGGUGCAGCAGGGAGAACGGAAGAUGCCGUUGCAGCAUCAGGGGGUGGAACUAAAGGUGCGGCUUUCGGAAACGGGAAUCAAUGA